UUUUGCGCUUCUAAGCACUUCGCUACAAGUAAAGGAGUAACAAACAUACACAUACAUACGCACUUAGACACAAACCUUGUGUCUAUUAAGUAUUAGUGAUAUAGGAUAUACCUACAUAAUUCAUUUUCCAAUAAAAUGAAAAAUUAAUCCUGUAUCCAUAAUCCAUGUUAAUUCCUCCGAGACCUUUAACAACCGAAUCACAGAUAUGAAACACAAAAUAAAAACUUGACUUUAAUUCUUGAUAGUUGACACUUGUUAGAUGGAGUGGAGUUGACAGUGACACUGACAUUGACAGUUGUUGAUAAAUGCUUGGUUGAUUUGUUGAUCGUGAUUCUGAAAAUAAUUAAUAAUUAUCUUUCUAACCGUCUGUGAAUGUAAUAAUGUGAUAAGCUAUAUAUUAUUCAGUUAAUACAAAAACAAUCAGCUAUAAUGAAUUUAAUACCGAAGUAUUUGGUCGCCUGUUUAGGAAGAUAUUGGCUCAUUCACACGGACUAUUGGCAAACGAUAUCAAAUAGAGUGGAAGUAGCAACGCCGCUAAACUCUUGGAAGAGGUUAAUUGAAGGUGUUUACUUGUACGACCAUGGCAUAAAUCCUUACGAAGGGGACUCUUUCCACGAGUCUCCAAUAAUGCUUAUCUUAUUUCACUUUUUGUUGAAAAAAGUACCAUAUUUGUUACCUGUUAUAUUUGUUUUAUUGGACGCAUUGACUGCACACAUACUGUACAAGGCAUCGAAGUCGUUUAUACGAAUAUUUAAAGAAUCCCAAGAGAGUGGGAAAGGACAGAUUGCAGAGGAUUCAAUAACAAUGCUGGUAACUGAAUCACAGUUGGAUGAAGUUCCUAUUUAUGUGCUUUCCAUGUAUUUAUUCAAUCCAUAUUCAUUUUUAAACUGUGCAGGCAUGACAACUACAGUUAUACAGAAUUUAUUGCUAGCUGUAUCGCUAUGGGGUGCGGCAAGUGGUCACAGAGCUUUGGCGUGUGUGUUCAUUGCUCUGGCUACACAUCAGGCCCUUUACCCUAUUUUACUUGUUGUGCCAAUAUCUAUUCUAUUAGCGAACGUCAACCAAGGGUGCAACAAGUGUUCAUACAUUAGAACACUUCUAGGAUUUGUACUGUGUUGGGGAUUCUGCAUUUUUAUAUCUGCUUUUAUAAUGGAUGGAUCGUAUGAUUAUAUCUACAAUACGUAUGGAUUUAUAUUGACAGUGCCAGAUCUAAAACCAAAUAUAGGACUAUUCUGGUACUUCUUCACAGAGAUGUUUGAACACUUUAGAUUACUCUUUGUGUGUGCAUUUCAAAUCAACGCCCUGGCUCUAUAUGUGGUGCCACUUACCCUUAGAUUCCACAAAGAACCGGUACUGCUAGCAACAGUGCUCAUUGCACUGUCUACUAUAUUCAGAUCUUAUCCAUGUGUUGGUGAUGUUGGAUUCUACUUGGCUCUAUUGCCUUUAUGGAAACAUUUGUUUUCAUUUAUGCAGCAAAAAUUUAUUGUGGGCUGUGCCUUCCUAAUCACAUCAGCUCUUGGACCAACUGUUUGGCACCUCUGGAUAUAUUCUGGAUCAGCAAAUGCUAACUUCUUCUUUGGAGUGACCCUGUCCUUUGCAACAGCACAAAUUUUCCUCAUUACCGAUUUGUUAUUUGCACAUAUCAAGAGAGAGUUCACACUUAAGAAUGGAUCAUCUCGACAGGUUGACGGAAAACCGGCGAAACUAGUUUUACGAUAAUUCUUAUUUUGUGUUCGUAAAUAUCAUAAACAUUGUAUUUAAAUAGCAUUUAAUAAUUUUACUGAACAAAGUUAUUCCAUAGUGGUUAAUAAAAUUUUAAUUGCAGUGGAGACUGAAUUAUCUGGAUAUUAAUUAAGAUGUUGCUUUGGAUUGAAUUCUAGAAAACUCCAGGGGUGGUAAACCCCUUAAUAGAUAGGAUUAUAUAAGUAGCAAAAUAGUCACAAUUUAUAAAAUACUGUAAUAUAAUAUAAACCUUUCAGUACAAUCUAUUCCACUAAUUGAAGAGGGUACAGGUAUAUUUUAAGCAUUUGAAAUAGUAAAAUAAUGUAUUGUAUUUAUUUUCAAAAGUAAAUAUUUAAUUUAUUAACGCCAGUUUCAAAGUUUGGAUGAUAAAGUCUUCACUGCUAUAGUAACCUAAUAAUUUAAUACAUAUUUCAUAUAGGUAUAUUCAAUGGACUGAAAAACUUUAGACUAAGAUGCAUUAAAAAUUGAAAUUAUGUGGACCCUUCACUACAUUGACCUAAGAUAAUAAUCUAAUAUGCUAUUAGCUAACUUGGUUAGAAUAAUAAAAGUCAACCAUUAGGUACAUAAUACAUCAAUAUGAGGUCUUAAGACUAGACUGCAUUUAUUCAUGUUGAAUAUUAUGCUCUUUGACAUUUUAAUUUUAAAUUGAGUGAUAGCAAAUUAGUUUGUAGGAUCUCCUAUAUAAAUCUAUUUCAUGUAAAAUGAAUUCUGUGGUUUUCAUUUUCUAAGAGGUCCCAAGUUAGCGAAUAACUUAGCUGGGUCACCAAAGUCAAAAUGUAUAGAAUAGUCACAUACCAACAAUCAUCAUUGUACCUAUUACAGAGUUGUUUAUGUAAUAAAAAUCUACAAUACAAUAUUACAAUUUAAUAAUAGAAUAUUCGGUUUUUAUUAUUUAGUUGUAUUUUCGUUACCAAAAGCUAUCAAAUCUUAAUAAUAAUGUAAUGUAGUAAUAACAACUCAGUAUUUUAAUACUGGAUUUAAAAAUAUUGCUAUUAUUUAUUUAGCGUAUUGUGAAAAACUUACAAAUCAUAGUGGUAAUUAUCUGUUUUUUAAUGAACUUUGAUGAAAUCACAACUAUUAAAAUUGUAUGUAAAUAUGAAUGUUCUAUUCAUUAUACCAUAUAGAUAUAUGUAUAGAUAGAUAUGCGGGCAAUAUGCUAUUAUUUACACCAACGCUCCUGGCACGCAAUAUGCGUUUUGUAAGUCUUAAUAUCUUUUAAUAUUAUGUUAUGAACAUGAAAGUGAUUAGUACUACUAAGAUGAUGUGAGCUAUUGUGAAGCAGAACUGUUUUCGUUCUCGUGUGCCAGGAGCGUGGGCAUAAUGUGUAGUUGUUCUCUAUAAAUGAUCGUAGGGGUUUUAACUUCACAAAAAUUAUAAUAUGAUGUUUAUGUAAAUAUUAGAAUGUUUUAAAAUUGAGUGUCUGAGUGUGUCUAAGGGUUCAUUUACACGAGCAGCACGUUGCCAACGGCAGCUGGCAACUGCUACUGUCGAUUGCAGUCUACGGCAGUCGACUGCAGUCUGCGGCAGACGGUAAUUUACAGUAGCUGUGUCAGUCGUAUAAGGGUUCAUUUACACGAGCAGCAAAUGCUACCGUCGACUGCUGUCGGAGACUGUCGCCGAGACGUCGCCAACUGCAGUCGACUGCGGUCGUCUGAAUGAACCCUUACACGGCAAACACAGCUACCGUAAAUUUUGAAGUGCGUUACAUACAGCGGAGCUACUACAAUAUUUUAUUACAAGAUAUGAUGUUAUGAUCAAAUUUUCGAUAUUUUUGAUGAAAAGAAAUUCAAUUUUUUUUUUUCAAUUAAGCUUAGUUUACAAGCACUUUUUGUCAAGUUGUCAUGAUAUAAUGGUGGUAAUUAAAGUCGAAACUUAAAAUCAAAGUUACGGGGUCAACGAUUCAAUGUGCUCUUCAAGGCACGGAAUUAUAAUUCAAUUUCUUGAAAGAAAAUCUGGAAUCGUACUUAGGACCUCAUGAUACCGCAAAGGCUAAACAUUGGAGCAAUGUACCAGGCAAUAUAAGAUAAGUAAUACCUAUACUUAUUAUGUGACGUCCAUGUGACUGACUUCGAUUCGGGGGGCGUAGGUUCGAAUCCAGUGCGAGUCGUGCACCUCCAACUUUUCAGUUAUGUACAUUUUAAGAAAUUAAAUAUAAUUUUCCAAUGAAGGAGAAUUCAUCGUGAGGAAACUUCCAUACUUACCUGAGAAUUUUCUUAAUUCUCUACGUGUGUGAAGUCUGCCAACUUAUUACAUUAAUAUGGUAUCACGGCUAACUUAGACCUUGCAAAUAUCCCUAAAAAAUGUUUUUUAAUUAGUUACUUGAUCAAAUAGAUACCAAAUUUUACAGUAUUUAUUAUAAACUAUGUCAUAAGUCACGGUUGUUGAAUGAAGAACGCUUGAUGGUGCGAUUUCAUGGUCUAAUUUUAAUAGAAGUAAAAUGAAUUUGCCGAUUUAUUAAUGUCAAUAAAAUGUUUUAUUUUUA